CGUGCAACAUGAUCCUUGCACACCAGAGAGGGGAGGAGAAAGAGAAGCCGGCUUCUUCGGUCCCACAGUGACCGAUUUUAGUGCACUGUAUACGGCUUUGGAGGAGGCGGAGAAUGUGGACCGUGGUUCUGUGACGACUAUUUGGACGGGGUGAAGAGGAGGAGGAGGAGGACAUGUGGGUGGAAGGAAGUGCUGCUUGUCUGCGUCAAAUAUCUCACACCUCCAGUGGAUGAUGAGGAUGCUUCUCGGAUGACUUUUGAGGUUAUUCGUGUUUUGUGAUGUGACAGGGAUGGUGCCUCAUUUGCAUAAACACACGCAGAAAUGUGAGCUAUAAAGCCACAAAUAAUCCAGUCUUGCAUCUCGAGCCAAAGUAGGACCACCCUCCUGUGAUUGUAAACCGACAUGAGCUCGCUCUUUUUCCCCGAUGCUCCUCCACCACCACCACCUGCCCCGGCCGGCCAUGUCCCAGCGGGGACCAGCGCCCUGCGGAACGACCUGGGCUCCAACAUCCACGUCCUGAAGACGCUGAACCUGCGCUUCCGCUGCUUCCUGGCCAAAGUCCACGAGCUGGAGCGGCGGAACCGGCUUCUGGAGAGCCAGCUGCAGCAAGCCCUGCAGAGGCCGCAGUAUCGUGGACUCUACGGACGAGAGGCGGCCGUGCAGACGGACGGGGGUCCCGAGUCCAAGCUGCCGGGAACCAUAUGGAGUUUCACCCACGUGCGGAGGCAAGGUGAGCGUCUGGAGACCCUGCAUGGGCCCGGGGUGACGUGGACGCACCCGGACGGGGUCGGGGUCCAGAUAGACACCAUCACACCAGAACUGAGGGCUCUGUACAACGUGCUGGCUAAAGUGAAGAGAGAGAGGGACGAAUAUAAGAGAAGAUGGCAGGAGGAGCUGUCCAAACGCGAGCAGCUGGAGUCUGCAGUGGAAUCCCUGCACCAGCGGGCCAGAGAGUCGUCCGAGAUUCAGGAUGAACUGAACGACAAGGUGGAGAGACUGAAGGCGGAAUUGGUGGUCUUCAAGAGCCUGAUGAGUGAUCAAAUGUCUGACCUGGACACCAAGAUUCAGGAGAAAGCCAGGCGAGUGGACAUGGACAUCUGCAGACGAAUCGAUAUCACGGCCAAACUGUGCGACGUGGCACAGCAACGCAACUCUGAGGACAUGUCCAAGAUGUUCAACGCCAGCCCGGCCAGGUCACUGCCAGAGAGGGGGGCUGUGGCAUGCUGCAAGAGGAAAGAACGAAAAGUGGCGUCUGAUGAAGAGAUCACAGAGAUGGACGCAGAGCCUAGUCCUUCAGAGGAGGAUGUCCCGGAGACACUCAACAUCACGGACGAGAUGAAGCGCAUGCUAAACCAGCUACACUGUUCAGAUAACUCCUCUGUUGCCAGGCGUGAGACCUUCGAGCUAGACGACGACUGUGACAGUCUAACGUGGGAGGAGAACGAGGAGACACUGCUGCUCUGGGAAGACUUUACUAACUACAACGUGCCGUGUAGCUUCACAGCACCGCCUUGCACCAACGCAUUCCCGGCUGACGGUGUCAGUGAAAGCACUGAACCGGAUUCCCAUGACAGAAGUCUGGGCAGCCUCAUUGAUGAGACGGAGUCGCUCUUUAAGAACAGAGAGAAGGAAUACCAAGAAACCAUUGGACAGAUUGAGAUGGAGUUGGCCACGGCCAAGAGUGACAUGAACAGACACCUGCACGAGUACAUGGAGAUGUGCAGCAUGAAAAGAGGCCUGGACGUGCAGAUGGAGACGUGCCGGCGCAUGAUUAAAGGAGGCAGGAGCUCGCCAUCGUUUAGCUCGGUGGCCAGCAGCGACUCAGGAAACACCGAUGAGAUCCAGGACGAGAUUUCGGACAAAGACGCAGAUGGCGAAGUCCCUGUUAGUUGAUGACUGCUUUGUUUGAAAAUUACAGUGGUCUUUGCUCACAAAAUCGGUGCUUUUUUAGACAAGAGUUGGUGGUUGUGGUGGGGGUUCAUUAAAAAGAAAGCGUUGCUCUUUUCCUCUCUGCUUCCUCACUGGAUAUUUUAAGAGCUAAAUGUCAUUUGACGUCAAAACAAUGUAUUCUAUUCGCUGUUCUGUAUAAAAGGCAUGAUCAAGAAAUGGGGGCGUCCUCAUUUUUUGAGAAGUGAGUAUCAGAGCUGUAACAGAGGUGGAAUUGCUGUGAACGGCACCGAUAUCAUCUCAUUAUCUGACUGCAGGUGUCGUUGUGUGAAAGCGCGCAGUUAAGAAAAUUGCUUCUGCAUAAGUGCCGAACCUUUUGUUAGGAUGUUGACAAGGACAUUUGUUCAGGACAGUUGUGUAAAAGUAGCAUCUGUGUAGAGCAGGGGUGUCCAAGCCUUUUUCCGCAGAGGGCCGAAUACUGCAAAAUCAAAAUAUACAAUAAAAAAUAUAUUUUACGUUAGCAAAAAUGGUUAAAAGUUGUUAGAUACUAUAUUUUAAGAAAAAGAAACAGCCUGCAUGUCAGCUUUAUUAUUACCUUUCUUUCUUUAUUAUGCAUCUUUGCGCUUUUCACUGUUUGGGUCCACUUGCAUUGGGUCCAAAUGGUGUAGUGACCCAUAGAGAUAGGCGAUGUACUGAUUGCAACAAAUAAUUUUGGUCGUUGGUUUGCUUUGUAUAUAAAAGAGGGGAUUUUUGGACAUUGAAGGGUCAAGACAAAUGUUGCUAGGUUGGUUUCCAAGGAAAUGCUGCAUCCAUGCCAGAGCAGCAAAGAGGAAAAGAGCACACAACCGUUUUUGUUUUUUUUUAAUGCGUCAGUGCACUACUGAAGUUCUAUGCAAAGUAGCCGGCCUUGUGCAUAUAGACUAGCUUGUCUUUGUUGUUGUGUUCUCCUUAAACCAAUAGCUAGCCUUUUAACCAAAGCAGGUGUUUUUUCUAGAGCGUGUAUAAUUUGCAUUUUUCCCCAUUGAUGAGAAUUCGCCUUAUUCCAGAUCAUUUUCCUCGCACUCUUUGUGCAGCACACUGAUACAUGAAUAAAACACUACACAUUCAACAAAUCCAGAAUACGAUCAAAGCCAAACAAAGCAAAAACCAAAGGACAUAUUUUGAGGUCCCCAAUCCAAAUUGCCUUCGUGUUCUGCAGGUUUUUUUUUUAAAUGCAUAUCAUAAUAUUCCCUGGCUUCAUAUAUUCACUGAGGGCUGCAAACAUGCGAUUGCAUAUCCCAGAGGCCUUUUUGUUUAUAGCGACGUCACUGUUUUGUUUUUCAGUGCUAAUGCUGCUAGUUUAGCGUCAAAACUGGGGGCAGAGAUGUGUCUUCUAAUGUAUGUAUGGAAUACUUUAUUAAGCAGAAUGAUCAUUUCAGCAUGUUUGUAUGGCAAGAAAGGCUUUUUUUUAAUUGACGGGUGUUGAUAUUAAUCAUAGAUUUGCAACAAAAAAGUAUUUUUUUUAUUUUGUGUAAUCUUGUCAUGAGUAAUUACUGUGGGUUGUCAGACAAGAGUGAGUACCACUCGCAGUUCCUAUACAUCAUAUACAUAUUGUAUAUGUCAACGUAUGCAUGUACAAGUACAUGUUAUACAUUUUCUUUUGAUGCUAAAUUAAACCAGCCUGCUUGGUACAGUUUUUAUACAAUUUGUUUUUCCACAUAAAAGCUGUGCUAUUUUAAAUAUUGAAAUGCAGGGAUAUAUACUAUAUGUGGUGACUAAACCGCUUCUGCAAGGGUGUGUGAAUGUUUCAUACUAAAACUGUUUUUUUAUACUAAAGAAUUUUUUAAAUGAUUGCAGCAACUGUGGAUUGUUGCAGUGCAGUAUAUCUGCGCACGUUGCUUGUUCUUAAAUACCUCGAUGCUGAGGUUAAAAAAAAAACAACAACAUUGCCUUUAUGUGGGCUCAGCUUUGUUCUUUUGAGAUAACAGGUUCCAUCCAUUUUUUUUUUUCAUUUUCUGCUUUUAUUUUGGCUUAUUUGUUUCUGUCAAAUGUAUUGACAUAUUCAUGUGGGUUUGGGGCAAAAAUAAUGAAUGUACUCAAUGUCGGGGUAAACUGAAAUAUUAAACAGUGGAUUAAAAACAUCCUUUUUCUCAGUCUUAUUGUGUAAAUGAGCAUUAAAAAGGCUGCAACAUUUUAUCUCCUCCCU